AUGACAAAGGGCGAGGCAACAAGAGUGACUGCACAAUGCAUAUACCUUUCCGCUAUCCUUUCUGGUGCCCUUCUGGGUGAGUUACUCUUUGGGAGGGUUGGAGCGAGUUAUGCCCCUGCCUUUGCUUUUAUGGCUGGAUUGACUGUAAAAUCUGCCGGUGGAUCCUUUGUUGGUGACCCAAAAUUGAGAGAUGAGAUAGCAGUGAUUGCUCUUAUCAGAGUAUUCAAGGCAGAGCUUCCAGUUGCAACAGGAUUGGACCUUCAAGAGAUCUGGAAGGCGGCAUUAGAAAGUGAGCUCAGUGGCGGAUAUGACACUGAUUGCCGUGACAAGCUGAAGGACUGCAUGAGGCAAGAGUUCACUGACCAAGGCGUGGAUCUGAGCAUACUGGAAGAAAUAAUGAUGUCCUUGGAUAAAAUUCACGAUGUGGGUGUUAAUCCCGCUGAGAUGUCAGAGGAUGACAUCAAGCACCUGUUUGGCGACUACGAUCAUGAUGGGGUGGAUCUUCUCCCACCUCCACCUCCAACACCAGAGUCGCCGCCACCCGCAUCACCACCCGUAUCGCGGCCUGCAUCACCACCACCAUCCUCACCACCAUCCUCAUCACCUCCCGACAAGAAGGACGAUGAUGGGAGUGACUAUAUCUCCCGAUGGAGACAGUAUAUCAUCGCCGUGCAGGAUCAGUUGUACCUUCUCGAGCCGGAGGUCGGUGGUGCUAUCGAGGAAAGCACCGCGCAGGCACUAGAAGCCAUCGCCAAUGGGCUUGCUAGAUUAAACCAACUGCUCGAGUUCUGGCCUGACUACAAAGGGGAUGAUGCAACGAACAAGCAGCGCCUGGCCAUUAUACAAUCUACGACCGACUUGGUUGGAAAUGGAAAGCAGGACGUGAAGGACACAGAUGAGGAUACCUCAGUUCUUAACAAGGUGCUUGCGCUCGAAGAAAAGCUAAAUGGUUUGAGGACCCAAUUCAGGGACGAAACGACUGCCGAGCAAGCCGAGCUGGACAAGAUCAAGCCCGAGCUCCAAACAGCCGUUGAGAAAAUGUUUGCUGAUCAAAAGCUAUACCAGAGCGCCCAGGGCAAGCUCUUGGCGAAUAUCAAGGAGAUUAGUGAUGCGGAGCUGAAACAUGAUCCAGGUGCUACUAUUAAAGGUGGCGUGGAAUGGUACAAGGACCUUCUCCGAAGACGAACUUCUGCCCGUGAAGAGACCCAAAGCAUUGCAGAUGCAGCGGAUGCAACUUACCUCCAAUCGGAGGAAAUCGUGGUCAGCAUACAGGCCCGCCAGGCAGAGCUGAAUCACAUCCACAAACGGCGAUUCUCGGUUGAACGCGAGAUCACCAAAGCAGAGAUGAUCAUUGACGACCUAAAAAUCAUGAUCAACGGCACAAAGCAACAGGAGGAUCGGGUGUUAUCCAUGGUGGAUCUCUUGUCAUCCACCCUUGAUGAUCUAACGCAUGUUGGUGAGCCCCCGUAUCAUCGACAUGACCGAAAGAUCGCAGAUCAAAUGUGCACGACGGUCUUGAAGGUUCACCGAGAGUCUUUGGUGGAUCCCUCCUUUGUGGACAGUGCAAGAGAGGCUGUCACGGCUGUCCAGAACUGGUUUGACGACUACAUGCCAAAGAGUGUGCAGGAGGAGAUUGAUGCGAUUGUAAACAACUCACUGUAUCAGCCAUCAACCAAUGAUGAUGCCAAAGGAGAUGACGAAAUGGAACUUGACGAAGAGCAAGGUCCUUUAGUUGGAUAUAACUGA